AUCAUCCCCUCACCCUGUUUCUUUCUCCGAGACAUUGAAAACCAAAACCUCUGCUCUCAGCAUGCACAUGCUACAAAAUCCAUCAAUCCCUUCUCAUUCAAACAAAUAACACCCUUGAAGUUUGAAGUUUGAAUCCCCCAUUCUCCAUUUUGAGAGAGAGAGAGAGAGAGAGAGAGAGAGAGAGAUGGCGGAGGGGUAUUGUUGCAGGGAAGUGGUACCAUUUGGGGCCAUGGUGCUGGUGGAGUGCCUCUAUGUAGGCUCUAGAAUCUUGUUCAAGGCAGCAUCAUUGAAGGGGCUGAGCAACUUUGUCUUCAUCUUCUAUUCUUACGCCAUUGCUACUCUUGCUCUGCUUCCUUUCGCCAUCCUCUUCCUCAGAAGAACAGCUCUUCCCCCGCUCAACUCUUGUCUUCCCUAUAGAAUCUUCCUCCUCGGGCUUCUUGGAUUUUCAGCUCAGCUGCUUGGGUACAAAGGAAUAGAAUACAGUUCUCCAACUCUUGCUUCUGCCAUGAGCAACCUUACACCAGCUUUCACCUUCAUACUUGCCAUUUGUUUCAGGAUGGAAAAGUCAUCUUUGAGAAGCUCAAGCAUUAGGCUGAAAAUCAUAGGCACCACGGUAUCAAUAGUGGGUGCACUGGUGGUGAUUCUCUACAAGGGACCAGCAAUCAUAUCAACUUCAUCAGCAUCCCAUAUCCUUUUCCAUCCUCUAGGCUCAGCACAAUCAAAGUGGGUCAUUGGCGGUAUACUGCUUGCAGCUGAGUUUUUUCUAGUUUCGACUUGGUACAUUGUUCAGGUAAAGGUCAUGGAGGAGUACCCGGUGGAGAUAGUAGUAGUAUUUUUCUACAACUUAUGUGGCAGUGUCAUCUCAGCACCUGUGUGCUUUCUUGCUAAAACAAACAUUAGUGCAUGGAGACUGAGACCUAAUAUAGCACUAGUUGCUGUUCUAUACAAUGGACUCACCGUGCUAAGCUUCGGCUCUGUUAUUCAUACUUGGGGCUUGCGCUUGAAGGGCCCUCUCUAUGUAGCAAUAUUCAAGCCAUUCUCAAUUGCCAUUGCAGCUGCCAUGAGUGUUGUCUUCCUUGGUGAUUGUCUCUACCUUGGAAGUGUUGUUGGAUCCAUAAUAAUUUGUAUUGGGUUUUAUGCUGUAAUAUGGGGAAAGGCAAAAGAGGAGAUGGGUGGCUGUGGAAAUGGUAGCUUCGAGUCAUCAUCUACACCAAAAACCCCACUGUUGCAAAGCACCAAUGUUCAAGAUGUAUAGAACAAAAAUACAUAGAUGAUAAAGAACAAACAGAGAAUUUUCCCUAUUCCCAUUUGAAAGCAUCAAUGGGGAAAGCACAUCAUAAGGGUGAAAUUUCGAAAUGUUGUUCAAUAUCCAUAAGGUGGCCACAAGCUAUAAUACACAUGUAUAUAGACUACCAGAAGAUUAUAGGGGUCGACUUCUGCAUCUUUCCUAUGUUCUAUAAAUAAAACAUCUUAAUCCCGGUUAAUGCCGCUAAGAAUGGUAAACCACCUAAUGUUUUGACUUUUGAGAGUGAUCCCUACCUUUGUUGCUGUUUGUACAAAAGUGUAUUUAGUAGUGAAGUUUCAAAAUGUUUAGUAUGAAUGGCUGUUAUUUGCCCACCCUAUAAAAUCCGGAUGGUUUUGGCUCUGCUUUUUCCCAAGAUUGCUGGGAUAUUGUAAAAGAAGACGUGAUCGAUGCA